AUGCCUCUUGUCCGUAAUCCAAUUCUCCCAGGGUUCAACCCGGAUCCGUCCAUUUUGAGGGUUGGGGAAGACUAUUACAUUGCGACGUCCACCUUCGAAUGGCUUCCUGGAGUGCAAAUUCACCACUCCAAGGACCUGGCUAAUUGGGAGCUUAUAACACGUCCCCUUUCACGAGCGAGCCAUAUCGAUCUCCGCGGUGAACCCGACAGUUGCGGGAUCUGGGCACCUUGCUUGACGCACGAUGGUGACAAAUUCUGGCUCGUUUAUACGGAUGUCAAGCGCAAGGAUGGAUCGUUCAAGGACGCUCAUAACUAUAUCAUUCAUGCAACAGCCAUCGAGGGACCAUGGUCUGACCCUGUCUUUGCCAAUUCUUCAGGAUUUGACCCUUCUCUUUUCCACGACGAAGACGGUCGUAAGUGGUUUGUGAAUAUGACGUGGGAUCAUAGACGGCGGCCGCUGUUGUUUGCUGGUAUUGUUCUCCAAGAAUUUGACGCUAUUGAGGGCAAGCUGGUCGGUCCAAGAAAAAACAUCUUUCAAGGCACAGACCUCUCACUCGUGGAAGCCCCACAUCUUUACAAGCGUAACGGUUGGUAUUAUUUGUUGACUGCGGAGGGUGGAACAGGCUAUGAUCAUGCGUGUACUCUUGCACGUUCACGAGACAUCUGGGGUCCAUAUGAAUUGCACCCACAAAAACACAUCAUCACUUCCAAAGAUUCACCUUUCGCUGCACUGCAAAGAGCCGGUCAUGGAGACAUCGUGGAAACCUCAGACGGGAGAACGUAUGUCGUUCAUCUCACUGGGAGGCCUGUUGGUCAGCGACGGCGCUGUGUCCUUGGGCGGGAAACGGCGAUACAGGAGGCGUACUGGGGAGAUGACGAUUGGCUUUAUGUUAAGGAUGGCCCCGUGCCAUCCCUUGAUGUCAAUAUUCCAGGGGCGCGAGAGGACUCCAGCUACUGGGCGGAGAAGCGAUACACAUUUAAGGACGGAUUACACAAAGAUUUCCAAUGGCUGCGAACGCCAGAGCCAGGACGUAUUUUCUGCACAACAGACGGUAGAUUGACCCUGUUUGGGCGAGAGUCUGUGGGUUCAUGGUUUGAACAAGCCUUGGUGGCUCGCCGGCAAAGCCACUUCUCAUUUGAUGCAGAGACAACUAUCGACUUCUCUCCCGAAGAUGAGCGUCAGUAUGCGGGCUUGACGGUUUACUACUGCCGUUACAAUUUCUUUUAUCUUACUGUGACGGCACAUUCAGAUGGAGAGCGGGAGCUGCUCAUCAUGAGCUCCGAAAUGUCCUAUCCUGAUGGUAAUAUUUCAUUCCCAGCUCCGACUCCAGUUCAGAUUGCCAACGAAGGCAAGGUGAAGCUAGCUGUGAGAGUCCGCGGUAGCAUUCUACAAUUCCUGUAUGCAGAAGAACGAGGUACUUUAACGGAGAUUGGGCCCGCGCUUGAUGCGUCUAUCGUUUCGGACGAAUGUGGUGGACACCCAGAUCAUGGAAGCUUUACUGGAUCUUUUGUGGGGGUUGCAUGCUCGGACCUAAAUGGUUUAGCACAGCCCGCGGUCUUUGACUAUAUCACAUAUUGCCCGGUUCAAGACCAGUCAGAUCGCUAUGGUAUUCAUGAUGGACACAGAUAG